UGCGACAUAAGAAACACUCGUGAUCAUCCCUUCCUUUCAGAUCUCAUCUUUAGAGUACUCCUUGCUGAGGACCAUCUUUCCCUACAGGCUUCACCAUAUAACCGUCUGAUGGGUGUGUUGCCUUUAGAGCGGCAUCUGCUGGAAUUGACAUCCAGACCGACACUUACCUUUACCACAUACAGGAUUAAAGUCACCAGGUACCGAAAGUGCAGAGGCAGCUCGAGGUGUAGAGCUGUCCUUGGGGAAGCAGGCCCCCCAGACAGCCAGGGCGAUCCGAACGUUCAGGAGGGUCUCGUACAGAUGGUGCGGCUGCAGAUAGGCAAGGAGCGAGUGAAAGAAAGCGUGGAAGAGGAGAGGCAGAAGCUGCAAAAGCUUGCUGAGGAGGCCAAAGAAGAUGUCGACAGGCUGCAGCAGCUGACAACGGACAGAUCAAACCUGGCGUUUGGGAGCGCUAUUGCGGACAUCAACAAGUCGGCGGAUGAUUACGAGGAGAUCUUACGGGCCAGCCGCGCGCGGGCCGAGGCGUACACGCGCGAGCUGGCCGACUGGGAAGCACAAACCGCGAAAGCCCGUAAUGAGGGAACAUUCUUCAAAGGGCUCUUCAAGGCCGAUAUCCUGCAGCGGCCGGGGGACCAGGCCAGAAGCUCUGCUGAGCCCAGCACCUCCCAGGUAGAAGGUACAGAUUCCUCUCUGGGAGAUCAGUACACCGACAAAAAUGCUGCACUGAGGGCCAGCAGCGAUGUACUGAAAUACUCUUUCAGCUUCCUAGCAUUCAUGCUCUUCAGCACCGUGAUUGGAGAUUUGGCGGGAGGAUCACCAUCUGUGGGCAUGGACGGGCGCAAUUUGCUGCUCGGGCUGCUGCUCAGCUAUGGAGCUUGGAAAGCCAGCCAGUACAGUGUAAAGUAAUCUGCAUUCAUGUAGCCUGUGACUCAGGAGAGCACUGGCAACCAAUACGGCUUCUGAAGGCAUUAUCUAGGCACUUGCGGUAUCAUUGACACCCUGAGCCUGAACAAAAUCUUCUCAGGUCAUUUUAGACAAAGUCCCCUGUUGGGAGGCCUUGCAUGGACGUGGCAUGCAGUGUCUGCUGCAACAAAUACUUGUCACAGUCCAAGCAGAGGACCGGGGAUAAGACCGUCAGCGCGCCAGAUGUCACGAAGGAGACGGCCAAGUGCUGGAAAUUUGGCGGGCCCCUGGUUGUUUUUUGCUAUGUCACGGACCAGAAGGUGCUAGGGCAGGAUGAGCUGGCAGCAUACUUGUGUUUGACAAGGCGAAGCAGCUGUCAUUCUAUGCUGCUCUGUCACCCCUGAAGGCGGCUCUGGCACUGUGCUCACAGCAGGGCCUGACAAAAGAAAACUCGGCUGACAAUGCUUAGUGUUGCAAAGCCCGGUAUAUUGAAGUGAAGAUGCAGGCCAUCCACCUGUGUGGGAUUUGGGAUCAUUCGCAGACAUCUACAGUGGGCACCCUCUGCAGCUGAUGAAGUACAGAUUUACUCAUGACGGCAAACGAAUUACAAUUUGUCCAUGUCAUGGAUCACAAUCAGAGAAAAUGGUAUGCUGACAUCAAAGCAGUGCGAGUGCCAGGAGAUAGGAGGAUCACAAUUGCAAAGGACAUAUAAUAUC